UUUGAACUCUUAUUUUAAUAUGAGCUUUCUUAUUCUAUUGUGCUGCAGUCUUCAAAAGUCAACCAACCGCAGAUGGAUGGGGAAAAAAAGAAAGGAUCAGGUAACUAGACACAAGAAAUGGAUCAAGAUCAAGGACACCUUGACUCCAGAAUCCCUUUAACUUCGGUCAACGAUUUAAAUAAAGUUGUGAGUGAUGUUGUGUCCAUGUCAAAAACGAUGGAAAGACUGGGCGCUCGUGUCGAAUAUUUGGAGGGGGAGUUGCCAAAAUUUCUAAAAACGCAACAUCUUCCGUCUAUUAUUCCAAAAAAUCUAAUCGAACCACAGUUACUUAUAAGACCUUUUAGUGAGCAUUUUGAUCUUCGUAGCUUUUGCUGUUGGCUAGAAGGUGUAGAAGAUGCUUUUGAUUAUUGUUUUGUCCCAGAAGAUGAACAAGUAGAUGUGGUCAGCUGCAAAUUUCUGCCAGGUGGAGAGGCUUCCAAAUGGUGGAAACGUAUCCAAGAUCUAAGCAUGCAAGUCGAUAAAAAACAUCGCAUUAAUUGGCAUCAGAUGAAGAGGUUGCUUAUGGCUAAAUUCAUUUCUCCAGAUUGUUUGCUAGACAACAAAAAAUCCCAAGAUUCUUUUUGAUGCAUUUGGAAGGAAAAGGAAAUUAAAAUCAUGUAGGUUGUUUGCUUGAAAAUAUUUGUAUUCAGUAAGUUUUUAUGUAUCUGGUGAAUUACAAACAUAUCCUUUUAUCUUUUUUUUUUCAGCUCAAAGUAAACCAAUUCUUGCAAUA